ACGUCAAAAUUCUAACCUCACAAUUCAAGUAAACUACUCAGAUGCGAAUGUUGAUGUUUUUGCAAAAAAAUGAACAAAUUAGAAGGCACAGCACACUUGCUAGAUGAACUAGACAAAAAGUUGAUGGUAUUUCUUCGAGAUGGCAGGACUUUAAUAGGAUACUUAAAGAGCGUCGAUCAGUUCGCGAAUUUGGUUUUGCACAGGACGAUCGAGAGAAUUCACGUUGGGAAGGAAUAUGGAGAUAUCCCCAGGGGUGUUUUUAUUGUUAGGGGCGAGAAUGUUGUCUUGCUUGGAGAAAUUGAUGCAGAUAAAGAAGCCGAACUGCCUUUAACGGAAGUUUCAGUGGAUGAUAUUUUGGAUGCUCAAAGAAAAGAACAAGAAUUGAAGCAAGAACAGCAAAAAUUGGUGUCAAAGGCCUUGAAAGAAAGAGGAUUACAUAUGAUCGCCGAUUUAACUCAUGAUGAUUUGUUCUAAUUAUUAAGUACUCUUUUUUUUUAACUUGUUUUAUGGUAAAACUUUUAUCUCUAAAUUUAUGUUAUAAUUA